AUGGUUGAUUACCGGCAAAUCCGACAACCGCCGUUGAAGAGAAAGCGUGCAAAGCUGACCGGCGCGCCCGAGGUUAUGGAAAUUGUUCAUAUUGCACCGCGGCUGGCUCUCAUUGCCGGUAAGCAGCAGAGAUUACCAAAACGAGACAGGCGUCGACAGCUCCCCGAGGAUGAUAUUUGCAGUACUGGUACUAUAGAGCCGAAUGCUAUACAGUCAAGACCGCAGAACUUGGCCUCGCCACCGUCUCUUUCGGCAGGACAAUCUGAUACUUCCCCACAGGGUGAAGAGACUGAGAAUACACCCGAUCAACAUGGCUAUAUUGGUCGAUCGGGCUUCAUGUUUGUUUACAAUCCAGAGGCUCAUAUUCCUAGCGCAAACCCACCAAUCCAGCCUCUUUUAGGUGUUCAUGCGACCCCAGAUAUACCCUCUCCAGAACUACAGCAAGGUUUUAUCGAGACUUACUAUCAAUAUUGCCAUACAUGGUGUCCAGUUCUGGACCGAAACGACAUUGAAGACAACCUGGCGCGCUCACCACUUCUCGCAAAUGCUCUUGCUCUUGCUGCUAGUCGCAUUCAGCCACCAGCAUCUGUGCUACAGCACACCGACCCUGUAACAUACUACAAUCGAGCUCAAGCAUUGUUCUACGAAAACACUGAACCUAAUCUUAUAACCUGUCUUCAAACAAUUAUCCUUUUCUACUGGUGGAGCCCUCGGGCCCCUACGACGGUCCAUCGAGACUCAACCUGGUGGUGGACUGGAAUUGCAAUACGCCAGGCUCAGCAGAUGGGACUACACCGGGAGCAGCAAUCGUGCCGACGACCGUUUGGUGCUGAUCGUGGACUAUGCCGUCGUAUCUGGUGGACUUUAUUUGCUAGGGAGCGGUUAACGGCCAUUACUCAAGGGCGUCCUCUAAUGAUUGACCCCGACGACUGUGAUGUUUCAGAGCUAACACUCGACGAUUUUCCAUGUCCCAGUCGCGAAGCCGAGAUUUUCAUCCAUUGGGUCAGCCUAUGUGCCAUUAUCGGGCGUGUAGGAAAGUACCUGUUGCGCCCAACAGCGUCGCCAUCUGUUAUUUUCCCAUCCGAUCUAGCUCAACAGUUAGUUGACUGGGUCCAAUCACUCCCAAAUCAUUUGAUGCUCCCUAUAAGUGGGGACCGCACGGUAGCAUUCCACCGCGACGUCCAUCAGUUGUAUUUGCCGUAUCUGACUGUCAUUAUCCUGUUGCAUUUGGACCUCUCUUCACAACCGCGACCUGAAUCAUACUCUGCUGCAGCUAUUGCUGCUUCCUGCAUUGCAAGGAUCAUGAAGGACUAUCUAGUUCGAGGCGGUAUCAGAUUCCUAACCGCCAUUACCUGCUGGUACUGUGGCGUGGCUGCUCUAGGGCUUCUCCAUGUUCGGAGAAUUGAUCACCUUACGGCAAGCGUCGAUGAAGAUCUUGACAUUCUCAAAGCCGCCUUGGGUGAGUUGAAGAUCAUGUGGCCCAGUGCAAAUAUGUACUUGAAGGGGCUUGAACGGUUAUGGUCAAGCAGUAUGGCCAAUGGCGGUUUGUGGGAAGAAUCGCUGGCGCCGAUUGCCGAUUCGCACCGCAACGUGCCGCCGGAAGUGAAUGCAGAACAGACUCAGGGUAUCCAGUGGAUCAACUAUUUCCCAUUUGUAAAACCAGAGACCAGCGGUGUAGUGCGUGCUGUUCUUUCCCAAUAUGAUGAGUGUUCGUUCAUGCAAAGUGAUAUUAAUUUGCAGGUCCAAUGGCCGGAUUUGUUCGACAUAUUUGACAAUAUGCAAUAUAUGCAAGAUAUGCCUAGUUUAGAUACUUUUCAAUAA